AUGAAAACUGUUAGAAAGUCGGACUUCCGAACUUUGUCCACUGUUGUCUCAGCCCCACCUUUCCUUUCUCUAUACCAGCAAUUCGUUAGCAAGGAGUCUUCAUCGCAUUUGUCCGCCUCGGCGAAUCAUCGAAUGAGUUCCUCUUCAACCGCACUUGGUCGCGGCAGCGAGAUACUUGACAGUUGGAGGCCCAAACAGAUGGAUUCAUCUGCAUCCAACAACAUUAGCAAGCUUCAGUCCACGAAAGGUCCCAGUCGCUCUAGUAGAAAACGUUCCGGAGCGCCCACUACCGAACAACCCAAGAAACGUCUCACCACGAAGUCUUCGAAAACAGGCGCUUCCGCACCGACGCAGCGUACUUCAACCGAGUCGUCAACGCAUUUCAUGGACUGGUUUGAUGAAAAUCGGGCACAGUUAGAAGAGCAGUAUCCUGAACAGUCUGCCGAAGAGCUAUUACGCACUGCCAGAUUGAAAUUCCGCAAGUCGAUUGCUGACCCUAAAUCGAAGGCAAAUGGCGCUUCAGGUUUCGGGUUUGGUACGCAAGAGAAGGAGAACCUGUCUCCCAUUCUUAGCAGCGUCACCUGCGCAGCUGACGAAAAGACCAGCAGCCGAAAAUCAUCUUCUUUAGCCUCGAAAGCCUCCAACCGCUUGUCUUCCUUCAAAUUCACUCAUGAACAUGAUGGUUGAGCACCACGAGCUGCAUGGUGGCAUUUGUUUGCUUUUUCGGCCAACCUUUGAUUGCAUUUCUCCACACACCUGUCUGUGUGCUGGAUUUAUGGUUGUCAGAAUUUCACUUCCAAUUUUCUUCAGGGUUUUAGGGAAUGUUUUCGCAUUUUUAUUUUUGCUAUCCUUAUUUUUUGCAUCAAGUUGAAUAUAUACCUACAGACACCCCUGCCUCAGCCCUUUUGCUUGCGUCUUUGUAGCAUUUGGCCCGAUAUCGUAUGCAUAUAUGUUUUCAAG